AUAUUUUCAAUCUGGAUUUAAGUUAAAACAAUAGAUGAAAAAGACAAAAAGACGAGGACCAAUGUUAUCAUUCGGGUCGGGAUUUAGAGUGAAGAAUGUUGCAUAAAAAUGCAUUUCGAGUGAGAUGAAUUUUGUUGAGAAUCGAGAAAUAUGCGAUGUCACACGUCCUCAAGGAUUAUCAGCGCCAUGAUUUGAAUCCAACAUUAGAUGCAAUUUGAGAAAUGCACGAUGAAUCAUAUAAUCACCAAGUGCUUUUCAAAUUUGGAACGUUCGGAGCAAUAUUAGAUCAAAUAUUACGAAUAAAGCCUGCAGCGGAAUAUAUGUCGUUAUACUGUCAUCAUUCUGUUAUUGGAACAACAAAAUAAAUGAUGUAUAGUGCAAAUUUCUGUGUGAUUCAUGAACUAGAACCAAUAACCUGUUCUGCAAUGCGUAACGAUAUGAAAUUUACAGUUUCAAACCACUUUUUCGUGAGUUACAAAAACAUAAGUUUAAUCAUAAGAACGCAUUUCAUCAUAUCUGCUAACAAUUAACGAGUAAUUCGUCACAACGCCUCGCAAGGUGAAUAAUAGCCAAACAUGACUGUGCUAAAAUAUUUUAGCAAUGUGGUGUCAUGACGACAAUGUUGAUUUUUGAAAAAAAACAUUUAUAAAAGGCAGUGACAAAAAAUCUCUUACAAACUGGCUAAGUUUACUUUACAACAGGGCAAAAACCCGAGUUAUACAAUUUAAAAUUGAUUUAUUUUUCACGAAAAGGUUAUAUUUAUAUUAUAUAGAAUUGGAUAUUUUACGUUCCGUACUUGCAACUAGCAGUCAAUUAACGGAAUCAAAAGCAUGAGCAAUUUGAUAUCACUGUUAUGUAUCUUGCUAUUUUCAAUUAAAAUUGGAACAUCACAACCAACACAUGAAUCGAACCACCAACACAACGACACAACACAUGAAUCGAAUCAAGUCGAUACAGAGAACUUCGUGCUUACAGCUACAACAGCAAAGCCAGAAGAGGAGACAACGUUAUCUAUUUUGGAACAAUUUCGCAGAGCUCUUCCAACUGUUCCAACUGCCAAGCCUGCUAAGAUUCCUCGAAUUCCGGCUCACAAAGGAAUAAUUAAAAAGUGCAAAUUGCUCCCAACGUACAGACUUCGAGAAUCCUGCAAAUCAAUAGCGGAGAAUGGGCUUAUAUACAGUAUGGAGAAAAAUGUUUUAGCAUUUGUAAACAGAACCGAAGAAAAAGAAUUUUACAAGAAAGAAUCGGUCACUGGAGAAAGAACAUUAUCAUUUGGCAUUGCUCUUCCGGGAGAGCAGAACUGUGAUGCGACAUGUCCUUCUGGAAAAGAAUGGUCGACUGCCACUGAAAAGCAUGAACGCAGUUUUUCACCAUGGGGAUACUGUGAUAACUACGACCCAGAUAGACUUCCACAGUGGAUAUCUUAUGCUAAAUGUAAAUGCAAAGGAUGUAUGGAUCCCAACACGCUUGAAGAAGAUCUCAGCUACAGUUCAAUUGAACUAAAGACGGCCAUACCGGUUUUAAGAAAAGAGCAAGAAGUGAUGGAUUUUCAAGACUGCACGAACAAAAAAUGCAAAGAAAGUGUCGUUGAAAUCGUUAUCGGUUGUUAUUGCUUUUUGCCAUUUAUAUCCUAACUCAACUCUGUCUGAAUUGUUAAUAGCUGAAGCUUGUUACUGUAAACACAUUCAAUUUUUGGUGGAAUGAAAAAAAAAAUUAUUUAUUGUCGCCUGCAUGAAAAACUUGCAUCUGCAUUUUCUCCGCCCUAUCGAGAGUUUCAUAAACACUACGAUAAACUAAGUAAACGCUCUCGUACAGCAUUCCCACUCCAAAUUUGUUUGUAAGAUUUGACAUUUGAUUCGUGUUCAUUCAAAAAAAAAAAUAGUCGUAAUUUUAGGGCUGAAAAUACCAAAUCAAGCUUUCGCAGAAUAGCAUGUUGAGUGUAAACAGCCAAAUGCAGAUUUACUCAACGAAAACUUGAUUUCUCAGUCAGUUCCAUAUUUUUGUCUAUAGUAUCAGAAAUACGAUAAAUCUGUUAUACAUAAGAUAUAGAUGCUAUGGACAUUUUCACAAAUUCGUGUAUUCAACGGACUGCAAAGUUAAUAUUUGUUUGUAUAUUAUGUUGUUUGCUUCUGGUAUAUCAUGACGAAUACUAUCCAACAAACUUGCAUCUUUGUACCAGUGUUGAUCAUAUUUAGAUAUUCAAAUUAUAUAUACGAUAAUAAAAAAAACAGAAUGCACGA